AUGUUCCCUCUCACCCGACGCCUCUUCGGACCCUGCCCCGACCUCGAUACAUGUCAACUCCGACCGUGUUUGUUCGACCAUACCCCCACCGCGAACGAACAUCCUCGCUCACUGCCCACAACCACGGCCACGACCACGACCAUCACGACCAAGUCCACGACCCAGCUCCCACUCAAGUCCGCACUCAAAAAGAGACCUAAUCCUACUGAGGAAACCGAACGGGAACUUGGGUCAAAGCACCCCAAGACGAUCCUCACCACCACCACCACGACCACCUCAACGAGGCCCAAGACGGCGACCUCCACGAGCAACAGCAGUCAAGCCAAUGCUGUAGCUUCAACUAGUCGAUCAACUUUGGCACCAUCGAAGAAGCAACAACAGACCACUCCAUCGAUACCUGUGGGCACAAUUCCCCCUCGCCUCAGCUGCUCGAGCGCAGUCGUCGCUGACCAGCGCUGACCGUCCCGUCUCCCCCCCCCCCCACUUUGUCGGGCAGACCACCUCGACUGGUGCACCCCCUCGCAUCACCCCGAGUCCAGGGAUACCUCAUACCCCUGUCCCUAUACGACAAAAGCUCCUCCACACCCUGUUCGAACAGUAUGGACUCUUCAUCAACUUGGCCACCAAGCGAACCCGAACCCGAACCCGAACUCAAAACUGACUCCGAGAGACCCCCCCUCUCUACAGAUUCCUCCUCAACUACCAAUCCCUCCCCUCCGCCGACCUCGCCGCGUCCCUCGCUUCGAAACACGCCAAAGAACAAGAGCAAACCCUCUACUCCAAAUCGACCAAGCUCACCUACCGCAACGCCGUCAUUUCCGCUUUGGCGCGACUCAAGAAACGUCCCUCCCCCGCGAGCGAAGCCGAAACGGGCACCUUGGAGGAUGAUCUGGCGCGACAAAAGAAGAGGGAGGAGGAAUACAGAGGACGACUGACGACGGAUCGCGUGCAGAAGUUCAUCCAUGACGUCGAGACGUUGCGAAAAUUCGAUUACGUCGUUGAAGUUCCGGAGGGGGCAGGAGGGGAUCGACUGACGGAAGAAGGCAAUUUGAGGACGUGCGAUCGGUGUGGAAAGGAAUUCAAAGUCUCGGCCGAGUUGACAGAGGUCAGUCCCAGGGAAUGCGACAAUACCUCGUCGAGGUCGGGAAGCGCUGACUUAUCCCCACUCGUCUGACAGGCAGAGAGGACCGCUUGCUCGUACCAUUUUGGCAAGAUGAUCACGGAGAAGCACAGAGGUUCGUCCGGAUCGCGACACAGACUUGCCUACCCGCGCCUUCUGAGCAGUCUCUUUGUCUUCCUCGCAGGUAUCAAACAGCGGGUAUGGUCAUGUUGUCCAACCGUAGGGGCUGUGACGUGUUCCCAGGGGCCUCAUAUCUUCAGGGUCAGUUUCUUGGUAUGUUCCAGAAACCCUGUAGUCCUCGGGGCACUGAACAUGAUCAGCUUGGAGCUCUCAGGACUCGGCCAUCGACGUCCUCCAUUCCCGCGUUGGGUUCCUCGAAACCUCCUCCUUCGAAAGCACCACUCGAUCCUGUCCUGCACUCGACAUUGUCGCUCUCGACUGUGAGAUGGUCUAUACGACCUCGGGGAUGUCCCUCGCUCGAUUGACCGUGAUCGACGCCACCGGAACCAUCAUACUGGACGAACACGUCCGACCCCAAGGCGCGAUCCUAGAUCUCAACACGCGAUUCUCCGGAGUCCAAGAAGGGGAUAUUGAGAAUGCUUCGUUGGAUGUGGUCGGGGUGAGGACGGCGUUGGGGAUCUUGAUCGAUCGGGAGACGGUGGUCGUUGGCCAUGGGUUGGAGAAUGAUUUGAAGGCGCUGAGAUGCGUGCAUAGGAAGGUGGUGGAUACGGCAAUUGUGAGUUGGGCCGACGAAAGAGUGGGAAAACCCACCUGCUUCGGGUGUUAGGUCGCUGACGAUAGAGACAACGUUCGACGACCCAUAGCUCUUCCCUCAUCCGAACGGUGGCACCUGGCGCCACAGUCUUCGGAACCUGACCAAGGACAUUCUCGGAAAGGUAGGCCCCGGAAGCUGUUCACUGCUGCAAAGACGUCCGUCUUUAGGAUCUGAAGCGGUGAAAUAUAUCCCCGACUGUUGUUACAGUUCAUCCAAGAUAGCGAUCCGGCUUUGGGGCAUUCGUCGGUCGAUGAUUCGAAAGCGGCUUUGGAGUUGGUGAGGUGGAAGGUAAAGGAACAGGCUCGGUUGGGGAAUUGA